UAAAAAAAUAAUGUAUGUGUAGAGAUGUGAAGAGGACACAUUGUGAAGUUUUGCUUAAACCGACAUCGAUAUUUUUCAAAAACUAUCGAUAGUAUCCCAGCUCUACUGUAUAUACUGUGUUUAUGAAGCUUGGUAUCAUUGUCAUUUGUGAGGAUUAUUUUUUGGAGAAGGAACUGCAUCAUAAAAAAGGACAUGAUGCGGAUUGUUGUCUAUUUGACAAUAGUGGCUUUAUGUUGGCAAUUUGAAUUGACGAAUUCUCGUACUUCGACCUUAUGGAAAUUAAACGAAGACAGCGGCAAAAUAACGGGGCAUAUUUCCUCUAAUCUUGGCCAGGGGGAUAACACAUUGUUGGACGAAUUCAGCAUUCCAAUGUUUGAUGCUUCCGCUGAUGUCUAUGCUCAAGAUGAAGUAUUUUAUAUCAUCGCAUCUACUAUGGCACUGGGUACAAGCGCUGGAGCCGGUAUAACGGGUCCUGACACUGACAACGGUAUAGGAAAUGGGAGCAACAAUAGGGGUGCGGGUUAUGGCUGGGUACGAGAGUCGCCAGAAAAUUCUUUGGAAUCUCUAGGGACGGUAGCUAAACAUUGUAACGAAAGCGGCACUAUGACACAUGAGAGCAAAAAUGCAGAAGACGAAAGCAAUAGCAAAGCUGCAAUCGAGAACAGUGUGGGGCCGUCGAUUGUAACAAAUGUAGGCACUGCAUUGGUAGUGGAUGAAACCCUCGAUUGCAAGCCAGUAAAUUUCACCUAUUACGACUAUCUAAUUGGAGUGGGACAGCGAUUUAAUCAUCCGAAAAUACCAGAACCAGAGGUUGCAUACAUUUUUCUGAAAACGAAGGAUGAAAACUCUUACAAAAACUUUGACAUCACUGCACUGGAACGACGCCUUAAACGAGCCAAGCGUGAAAAGCCUAGAUCCGUACAAUUGUAUAACCAAAUCGGUAAUUACUGGCGCAUUAUAGGCGACGCACGGCAAGCUAUUGAGUGCUUUAGACGCGCUUUAGCAAUGUCGCCAACAAAUGCAGAAGUACUUCUGAAUUUAGCACGUGUACUUUACAAUCUACAAUAUCUUGAUGAUGCUAUACAUCUGACUAGAAGGUCAUUGGAGAUGCAACCACCUGGACGCUCUGCUUGGCAACAGUAUUUUACACUUGGAGAAAUAUUUAAAGCUUAUGGACAUUUCCAGGAAUCUAUUCUACACUUGCGGCACGCACUUGAACUUUACCCGCAGCACGAGCCCAUUCUGAAAGCAUUGCGAGACGUGGAGAAUAAUCCUUCAUCAACUUUGCAUGUCUACACAGUUCUCAUAAUUGUUGCCUUGUGAUAACCAGACAAACGGCCCUUACGCCUGGCGCACACGGUACUUUUUAACGCUGCUUUGCAUAGCUCGAGUGUAGUGGAAUGUAAGCGGCAACACAGUGUUAAAAACAGCUGACACGCCAGGCCCUACAUUAGGUUUGUUCUACACGGGCCCGCGGGUGCCCAAAUUAGCCCAGAGCGUUCCUCACGCAAGAAAAUGGGGAAUAGAGAGCGAAUACGUUCCACGUUUGGAUCGUAAAUAUCCUCUUCUUCGUGCCCGAAACUACCCGGACUUUUUUCCGGCUGUUGUUUGUUUACAUCCGAAAGCAAAUUCUAUAAUACAAAAAUGGAAAACACCACUAAAGUUUCAAAAAAUGUACAUAGGUAUUUGCUAAUUUUAUUAGCCGUAUGAGAUAAACACACAUAACAUCAUUGUUUUUCAUUUAGAUUCUCCGAAAAUAGGUUCUUUCCCGAACAACCCGGACCGGAUCCGGUAAUUGGAGAAGAAGCGAAAAAUUUACUCUCAAAAAAUGGAACAAUGUCCAGAGGUACAGGAACGAAAAAAACCACAUUUCGUGCCCAGAAUUUGAGAAAUAACUGAUUCAAGUGGUUUUUGUUAUCGACACUUAAAUGCAAACACUUGAAUUGAAUUUAGGUUUCACAAAUUUGGUUGUUUUAAUAAAAAAGUAUAUAAAGAAUGAGAAUAUAUGUAAACACAGAACAGAUUAUAUGCCCGGAGAAAAAGUCUGUUUCGGGCAGGAAGAAGAAGGCACUUACGUUCCGAUACGGGAACCCGCGUUGCUUACGGGAAAGGACCUUAUAAAAAGUUCUUUCCCGUACAACCCGGACCGGAUCCGGUAAUUAGGGAAUAAUCAAAAAAUUUUCUCUCAAAAUUGGAACAAUGUCCAGAAGUAUGGGGACGGGAGAAACCAUAUUUCGCGCCAGGAAUUUGAGAAAUAGCUUAUUCAAGUGGUUUUUGUUAUCGACACUUACAGGUCUAUUCCGCGCUGGUAAUAAAAAGUUUGUAACCGGUAAAUAAAGUACCUGUC